GGUAGGGCGGGCGCGGAACGGAGCAGCGGUGCUGGCCGCGGGAGCAGGCGUGGGGGCCGCCAUGGAGUACGUGACCGCAGAGCAGCUGGCCGGCUUCAGCAAGUACAAGUACAGUGCUGUGGACAGCAACCCUCUGUCUCUGUAUGUCAUGCAUCCCUUCUGGAACACGAUAGUGAAGAUCUUCCCUACCUGGCUGGCCCCAAAUUUGAUAACGUUUUCUGGCUUCCUGCUGCUUGUCUUCAACUUCUUCCUCAUGGCAUACUUCGACCCUGACUUUUAUGCUUCUGCUCCUGAUCACCAGCAUGUUCCAAAUGGAGUGUGGGUCAUUGUGGGUCUCCUGAACUUCAUUGCCUAUACCCUGGAUGGUGUUGAUGGGAAGCAGGCUCGCCGGACCAACUCCAGCACACCUCUGGGAGAGCUCUUUGAUCAUGGCCUGGACAGCUGGGCAUGCGUGUACUUUGUCGUGACAGUCUACUCCACCUUUGGACGGGGUUCCACCGGUGUCAGUGUCUUCGUUCUCUACCUCCUCUUAUGGGUGGUUUUGUUUUCAUUCAUCCUCUCCCACUGGGAGAAGUAUAACACAGGGAUUCUCUUCCUGCCUUGGGGAUAUGACAUCAGCCAGGUGACCAUUUCAAUUGUCUACAUAGUGACAGCCAUUGUGGGAGUUGAGGCCUGGUAUGCACCUUUCCUGUUUAAUUUCUUAUAUAGAGACCUAUUCACUGCAAUGAUUAUUGCUUGUGCACUCACUGUGACACUGCCCAUGAGCCUGUAUAACUUCUACAAGGCCUAUAAAAACAACACCUUGAAGCACCACUCUGUGUAUGAAAUAAUGCUGCCACUAGUAUCUCCAGUGUUGCUGUUCUUGCUCUGCACCACGUGGGUCUUCAUGUCCCCGACAGACAUCCUCGAGGUCCAGCCCAGGCUCUUCUACUUCAUGGUUGGAACAGCCUUUGCUAACAUUUCUUGCCAACUGAUUGUCUGUCAGAUGAGCAGCACACGCUGCCAGCCUCUGAACUGGAUGCUGCUGCCCAUAGCGGCAGCACUGGUCAUGGUGGUGUCUGGGUUCGUGCCCAACAGCGAAACACUUCUCCUCUACGUGUUAACUGCUUUCCUCACCCUGGCACACAUCCACUACGGAGUAGUCGUGGUGAGCCAGCUGAGCAGGCACUUCAAUAUACGGCCCUUCUCGCUAAAGAAGCCCACGCCAGAUUGA